AUGUUGCUACUGUUGGGCAUGGGUAUGGUUUGCAAGAGCCGUAUGAAGGGAUCGGACUUCUGGAGGCACAAAUGGGGGAGAAUACCCACGAACGACCAAGAGCUCGUGAUCGUCCGUACCAGAUCGAACACGACUAACUGGGUGGAUAUCGCGGAUGUUCGCCGAUAUCAGCAAAAAACAUAUACAUCGGACUCUCGGAAGAGGCGUGGACCCAGGGUAUCUAGCACUUCGAGUCGAACGACUGGUGGGCGGUAG